UGUCACUAAUCUCCAAUGCAUAAAUUGAGCUGUGCAGUGCAAAUAAAGAAUUAACGCGUAAAUAGUAAUCAUUAUCUUUGCCUGUUGGAAUUUUAGUGCCCGGUCACAAUAAGUCACUUGAACUUUAAUAAAGAAAGUGCCUUUUACCAAAGCUAUUCGUUUAUUGCCGAUGGCGACACUGAGAAGUGUGCAAAACUAGCGAAAGGCAUUUUCUAUCGAUAUCGUCGGAUUUGUUUAGCACUAGCACGGGUAUAAUCUUUAGGGUGACAGUGCUCAGAGCAGGCGAGUGUCUGGUCAGCAGUAGUCAUCUGCAAUCGUCAUCGCCAACGCCAGCGCCGUGAGCACAUCCAGCUCCAGCGCAUUGGGCACCGCACACUCAUUCCAAGCAAUGAGUGCAGCAAAGAAAUACAAACUCAUGGAUACGACUGAACUGCACGACACCGAGAAUAUUGCCUCCUGCCUGAAAAAGGGGGACAACGGCAGCAGCAACGCAACGACUGGGAGCAACCUUGGCCGUAGCGCCUUCGCUGCCCAAAAUAUGAAUUCAGCAGCGUCCACAAACGGCGAACGAUUGCCAAAUUUUUCGAAAUUGGGCUCGCAUCAUGGCAGCGAUAUGCGUUCGGCAUCAACUACCUCAAAUCUGCUUAAUCGGAUGGGCGCCAUACACAACACCAAGCCGGGUGAUGUCAAAAAGAUAGUUAUUAAGAACUUUAAGGCUAAACCCACACUGCCCGAUAACUAUUCAGAGGACACUUAUGUGAAACUUGAGGAGGCCGUUAUCGCUAUUCAAUUAUCAAAGCCCAUCAAAUAUUCACUGGAGGAGCUCUACCAGGCCGUUGUAAAUAUGUGCAGUCAUAAAAUGGAUGCACAGCUAUAUAUAAAAUUGAUGGAGCUAACCGAGCAGCACGUCAAAAGAAACAUCAAACUUAAAGAGCUAACUGGCGGAAGCAUGGAUAAACUGGUUUUGCUGGAAAAGAUCAACAAUUGGUGGCUAUCGUUUUGUCAGCAAAUGAUCAUGAUACGUAGCAUAUUUCUAUAUAUGGAUCGGACUUAUGUGCUGCAAAAUUCGUCCAUACACUCUAUUUGGGACAUGGGGCUGGACCUCUUUCGCAUACACUUUGCCCAGAAUAGCGUCGUGCAGAAACGCACCGUUGAUGGUUUACUGACGCUGAUCGAAAAGGAACGCCAGGGCUCAACAGUCGAUCGUGGAUUGCUCAAGAGUUUAGUGCGUAUGCUGUGCGAUCUGCAGAUAUAUAGCAGUGCGUUUGAGGAAAAGUUCCUGGAUGCGACCAAUCAACUGUACAAGGCUGAGAGUCAACGAAAGAUGCAGGAAUUGGAGGUGCCCGAGUACUUACAGCAUGUGAGCAAGCGACUGGCCGAGGAGAAUGAGCGUCUGUUGCACUAUCUGGACUCCAGCACAAAACAUCCUUUAAUAUAUAAUGUGGAAAAGGAACUGCUUGCCGAACACUUAACAACCAUUCUGCAAAAGGGCCUUGACUCCCUUCUAGAGGACAACAGACUGAACGAUCUAACCCUUUUGUAUGGCCUGCUUAGUCGCGUCAAAAACGGCACUUCCGAGCUAUGCGGCAACUUUAAUGGUUACAUCAAGAAAAAAGGACGCACUAUUGUCAUUGAUCCCGAGAAGGAUAAGAGUAUGGUGCAAGAUCUGUUGGACUUCAAGGAUAAAAUGGAUGUUAUUGUCCGCACUUGCUUUGAGCAUAAUGAGAAAUUCACAAAUUCGUUGCGAGAAGCCUUCGAAUUCUUCAUCAAUCAGCGCGCCAACAAGCCCGCUGAGCUUAUUGCUAAAUAUGUGGAUAUGAAAUUGCGCUCUGGCAACAAGGGCACCACCGACGAGGAGCUGGAAAAGACCUUGGACAAGAUAAUGGUCCUGUUUCGUUUUAUACACGGCAAGGACGUUUUUGAAGCAUUCUACAAAAAGGAUUUGGCCAAACGCUUGCUGGUGGGCAAAUCAGCUUCGGUUGAUUCCGAGAAGAGUAUGUUGUCGAAAUUGAAACAGGAAUGCGGAGGCGGCUUUACUUCGAAGCUGGAGGGCAUGUUCAAGGACAUGGAAUUAAGUCGUGAUGUGAAUUUGGCUUUUCGCGGUCAUACGCUUAGCAAUGAUCGGGAUGUAACCAAUCUGGACUUGACAGUCAGCAUCCUAACCAUGGGCUAUUGGCCAACAUAUGCGCCCACUGAGGUCACAAUGCCACCACAGUUUAUCAAUCCCCAGCAGAUAUUCAACAAGUUCUAUCUGGAGAAACACAGCGGGCGAAAACUUCAAUGGCAGCCUACUCUGGGCAAUUGUGUAUUGCGGGCACAUUUCGAUGCGGGUCCCAAGGAGCUGAUGGUGUCGCUGUUUCAAGCGCUCGUUCUGCUGCUGUUUAACGACAAGCCUACGCUCAGCUACGAGGAGAUCUUGGCUGCCACCAACAUUGAGGAUGGUGAGCUGCGACGCACACUGCAGUCACUAGCAUGCGGACGUGCGCGUGUCAUUACCAAAACGCCGAAAGGCCGUGACAUUGAGGAUCGGGAUCAAUUUGAUUUUAAUAAUGAGUUCGUUAACAAAUUGUUCCGCAUCAAGAUUAAUCAAAUUCAAAUGAAGGAAACGAACGAGGAGCAAAAGGCGACGGAGGAGCGCGUUUUCCAGGAUCGCCAGUAUCAGAUCGAUGCGGCUAUUGUGCGCAUUAUGAAAAUGCGUAAGACACUGAGUCACAAUUUGCUCAUCACCGAGUUGUUCAACCAGCUAACCUUUCCCGUUAAGCCUGCUGAUCUGAAAAAGCGCAUUGAGUCGCUAAUUGAUCGUGAUUAUAUGGAGCGAGACAAGGAUAAUCAAAAUCAAUAUAAUUAUGUGGCAUAA